AUGCAGUUUCUAUUGGCCCUUCUUCUUGGAACAGCUCUUGGCCAUCCGACGACAAUCGUCGAGGUGGAGGAGACUGAUGACUUUAUCCAACUCAGAGAGAAACAUUCGCUAUUCUGUACCCAGAAGUGCGCCUCAUCGUUGCGAACUGGAGUGCUGGCCGCAUUGGGGACUCAUUCCACUCCGUAUUCUUCCCUAUUAGCCCCAUUUCAUCACAUUUUCUCGAACACGGAAAACACCGGGCAUUCGUUGAGAAAAAGUGAAUACACUUGCAGGAGUGUUUUCAACUUUGACAACUGUUUGUCGAGUUGUGGCUCAUCACCGGAAAGAGACACUUGGCUGCAGGCAAUCUCUCAUUGGACUCUUUUCUGUACGCUCAUCAAGCAAUCAUCUAAAGCCGUAAUUGAGUACGUGCAAUGCGAGAGUGAGCACAUGCGAGAAGCAGUGAAACACUGUGGUCAUCUCAAUAUCUAUCCGCGAUCAUCGUUCACGAUUUUUUGCAGGCAGUUCGACAAGUAUCAUCGUUGCUAUCAGAAGCUCAAACACAACUGUACCGAACCAGGACAUGCGAUCAAACAGCAAAUCGACGAUGCCGUACAGAAAACGUUUGAACGUUUGAUGAAAUUGAACUCGAAUCGGAAUGAAGGUCUUCCGUUAAAAUCAACGCCUCAUCGCUCGGCCGACUCUCAAAUUGUACACCAGAUUCCAGUGUUGCGAGAAGUGCCCACCGAAAGCCCGUCCAACUCCGAGCCAACCACGGUCGAAGUCGAUUUGAUCACCGCACAU